UGCAGGCAAUAGCUAAGUGGGUAUAUUUCUUGGAAGGAACCUGCUACUGCCACUGCUAGCUUUUCACUCCUCAUUAGCGGUGAGUACUUACUGGACUAUGCCUCCAUUAUCAUCUUGUAUUGGGAUUCUUGAUUUUCUCCAGGGAAAAAACUACUUCGUUACUGGUGCAACUGGCUUUCUAGCUAAAGUUUUAAUUGAGAAGAUGUUGCGAACAGUUCCUAGAGUGGGAAGAAUUUAUGUCUUAAUAAGGGAGAAAAACAAGGAUGCUGCAAUAGAAAGAUUGAAAAAUGAGGUCAUAGAUGAGGAGCUGUUCAAGUGCUUGAAACAAAUUCACGGAAAAUCCUAUGAAGCGUUCAUGAUGAGCAAGCUAGUUCCAGUUGUUGGGAAUGUAUGUGAAUAUAAUCUAGGGAUGGAUGCCGAUACAGCUACCGAAAUUGCAAGACACGUCCAUGUGAUUGUAAACUCAGCAGCCAACACUACCCUUGAUGAGAGGUAUGAUGUUGCUCUUAACGUAAACACCCAAGGACCUGCUCGGUUAUUAGACUUUGCAAAGAAGUGCAAAAAGCUUAAACUGUUCUUGCACGUCUCAUCUGCCUAUGUUAAUGGGGAAAGAAAAGGAAUAAUCUUGGAGAAGCCUUUCGACCUGGGACAAAGCAUAGCAGAGAAGACAAUCCCCCAAGUUUCUGUACCUAGGUUGGAUGUCAGUGCUGAAAUGAAGCUGGCUUCUGAUAUGAUUGAAUCUUUCGAGGAUAAUAUUGGAGGAGCUCAAAACAUGAGAGAUUUGGGCUGGGAGAGAGCAAGAAUCUACGGAUGGCAAAACACUUAUGUUUUCACCAAAGCCAUGGGUGAGAUGCUAAUCAAUAGCAAUAGAGAGAAUCUACCAGUUGUGAUCAUCCGUCCAAGCACUAUUGAGAGCACCUACUCAGAGCCCUUCCCAGGAUGGAUACAGGGGAACAAGGUAAUUGACCCACUCCUCAUAUCCUAUGGGAAAGGUCAGCUUCCAGGUUUUGUAGGAAACCCCCGAACAGUUGUUGACAUUAUACCUGUGGACAUGGUGGUGAAUGCCAUUGUAGCAGCCAUGGCAAAGCAUGGGACCGUUGCUGAACCACAAUUACAUGUGUACCAUGUUACAUCAUCCGUCUCUAAUCCCAUUUCCCUGGGUGAAGUAUGCGACUUGGCCUACGAUCACUUCACCUCUUCUCCACAACUGAACUCGAAAGGGAAGAAAAUCGGCAUCAAGGAAUUCAAGUAUUUCAGCUCGCUGAACAGUUUCACAUCUUACAUUAGGUACGAAACAGCACGGCAAAUUGGACUGAAAGAAGAUCUGUCCAUUUUAGAUCCCAAGGUGCGUCUCCAGAUGCAAACAGAAUGCACCAAAAGGCUUCAGCGACUUGCCCACAUAGCUAGAUUAUAUGAACCCUAUGCAUUUUAUGAAGGACGGUUCAACAACAGCAACAGUAAGGAUUUGAUUGACAACAUGUCUACUGAAGAGAAGAAAAUGUUCACAUUUGAUGUAGAGAGCAUAAACUGGAAGCAUUACAUAAAAAACAUUCACCUUCCAGGCCUGCAGAAGCAUGUUAUCAAAGAAAAACCUGUGGCAGUUGCAAGAUUGUGA